AUGAAACCUUAUUUUCAAGAUCUUGGAAACAUGUAUCUGUCUGUUAGAAAGGAUGAUGAUACAUGUCAAGAUGAUUUUGAUUUAGCUGAUGCUCUUGAUCAUCCAGAGGAAACAAUUACUAAGAAGCCAGCACCAGUUACCAAAAGGCCAGUGAUUGACGAUCGUCCGAAACCUCACCCAGGUUCUCCAUACAACCCAGGGAGCUAUGGUAAUGAUGGUGACAACCACCCAAAACCUCAACCAAAUCCACCUGCUCACCCAGGAAGAUAUAGCCAUUCUGAUGGCUUCAAUGACUUAGAUCUCAAUGAUGGGAAACCUCUACCCCCAAGGCCUGCAGGAGACAGGGAGAGUAAUGUCAAUCAUGGUGGAAACACUGAUUCUGGAGUAGUGGCUGGUGUUACAUCACCUGUGGUUUCUGUGCUUGUGCUGUUAAUUGUCGGAACAGUAGCUGGUUACACAGCUUACAAGAAGAAAAAACUCUGUUUUAAUGCUAAUGGUGGGAGAACUGCUUAAUCUGGCAAGAGAGGAACUGUCUAGUGAUAAAGAAUAUUUUCUACACAACACUGUGGAUUUACAUAUUGAUAAGAUAUAGUUGAGAAAUAUAUGGAUGUAUAAUAUAGUAUAAUCUGAUGGAUAUUAUAAAUUUGAAUGUAUAUUUUAGUUCAGACAAUAACUCUGGGAUAAUUCCUCAAUUAUCCCACUAUAAUAUUUUUCUAAAGUUUGUGUUUGAGUAUUGGGAUCACACAAUAUUCAGUGUUCUUUCUGUGCCUAUUUUUUUAAAAAAAAGGUUAAUAUUUUAGGUGGGGAAAAAUAAGUAACUUUCACCUAUGUGUUGAAUUGCUGUUCUCUUGUGCAUCUGUAUUUUUUGUAAAGUUUAAGGCAAAUACUUGAAGUUUUAAGAAAAGUUUAAAGAUUUUUUACUUUUGUUAAUUUUGUACCUCUCAUCUAAAAUGUGUUUAACACUACUUUAAAAUUCUGCAAAUUUUGCUCAAACUCUGAUUCUCCUCUAUGAUUUUUUUCUGUAAUAUAGAUAGGGCAAGUUCCAGAAUCCGUUAGAAUCAGUGGUUGCCUUCACAUUGUCUUUAAUGGGCUGAAUCAGCCCCAUAGGUACUAGCUUUCAGGUAAUUUGAAGACCCUCUAAUAGAAACUAUAUGGGGGUAGUUCUUUAAAUCAAUUGAGGAAGUGGGUCUGGCCCACGAAAGCUCAUCAUCUAAUAAACCAUCUUGUUAGUCUUUAAAGUGCUACAUUGUCCUGCAUUUUGCUUCAUCACAUCAUGUUCUACAAAAAGAAUUAGAAUUUUCUUGUGGAAAAAGGAAUCAAUUUGAUUACAGCUAUAGAAGACAAGGCAAACACAUGGGUAGGAAAUACUAUGUUUUGAAUUGUGAGCCCCAUCAUGAAUCACAUACAGGCAAUCCCCGACUUACGUGGAUCCGACUUAUGUCGGAUCCGCACUUACGAACGGGGCUUUCUCA